CUUGCAUCGUUUAGAGAAAAACAAGAUGUCUACUAACAUCACAAUCGCAGCUCCUCUUAGCAUCCUUGCCUCCACCACCACAAACACCACUACCAACAGCAACUUCAAAGCCCUAAUACUCGCAUGCCUUGUCUCCAUUAUUGGCAUUUUGAAACUCAAACGAACGUUAACACUUAGAAAGGUUAGCAAGGGCCUUCCACUCCCACCAGGACCCACCCCAUGGCCUAUUCUAGGCAACAUCCCCGAAACCCUCCGUUUGAAGCCCACAUUCCGAUGGAUACACCAAAUGAUGAAGGAAAUGAACACCGACAUCGCUUGCAUUCGUCUUGCAAACACCAACAUCAUCCCUGUACUUUGCCCGGAAAUCGCCCGGGAAAUGCUUAAGAAGCAGGAUGCGAACUUCGCCGACCGGCCUCUUUCGGUGUCGGCACAUGCAUUAAGUGGUGGAUACAUGACGACAAUCGUUGUGCCUUACAAUGAGCAAUGGAAGAAAAUGAGGAAAAUCUUGGUGUCCGAGAUCAUAUGUCCUGCUAGGCACAAGUGGCUUCAUGACAAGAGAGCUGAAGAGAGUGAUAACCUCGUCUUCUAUGUCCAUAACCAAUACAAGAACAACAAAGAUGUCAACAUAAGAAUUGCAACACAACAUUACUGUGGUAAUGUGAUGAGGAAGAUGUUGUUUAGUAGGAGAUACUUUGGGGAGCAAACGAAGGAUGGUGGGCCUGGACCUGAUGAGAUUAAGCAUGUUAAGGCCGUUUUUACGGCAAUUAAUUAUAUAUACUCAUUUUGUAUAUCUGAUUACUUGCCUUUUCUGCGAGGGUUGAAUCUUGAUGGACAAGAAAAGAUAGUGAAGGAUGCGAAUAAGACAAUUAGGGAUUAUCAAAAUCCUAUAAUUGAUGAGAGAUAUGAAGAAUGGAGGACUGGUCAACGCAAGCAGAUGGAGGACCUUCUCGAUGUUCUUAUCACUCUCAAAGACGAUGAUGGCAAACCCUUGCUCACUCCAGAUGAGAUCAAGAACCAAGCUGCUGAGCUUAUGAUAGCAUCCAUUGAUAAUCCAUCAAACGGUGUUGAAUGGACAAUGGCGGAAUUGAUAAAUCAACCUGAACUGCUCAAAAGGGCAACCGAAGAAAUAGAUAGGGUGGUCGGAAAAGACAGACUUGUGCAAGAAUCCGACAUAGCAAACCUCAACUACGUCAAGGCAUGUGCAAGGGAGUCAUUCAGGCUCCACCCAUUGUCUCCAUUCAACGUACCACACGUAGCAAUUCAGGACACCAUUGUCGGGGGUUACUUCAUCCCAAAAGGAAGCCAUGCAAUAUUGAGUCGAUAUGGGCUGGGUCGAAACCCAAAGGUCUGGAAGGACCCACUGAAGUACGACCCAGAACGGCACAUGAACGGACAAAAUGUGAUGCUGACAGAGCAUGAUUUGAGGUUUAUCUCAUUUAGUACUGGAAGGCGCGGUUGCAUUGGGGCUCUUCUUGGGACUUGUAUGACUACUAUGCUUUUAGCAAGGCUUCUUCAGUGUUUUGAUUGGACACCACCUGAUGGUUCAACUAAGAUUGAUCUUAGCGAGGCUGAGGACGAGCUUUUCCUGGUUAACCCACUCACAGCUUUUGCCAAGCCUCGUUUGGCUCUGCAUCUAUACCCUACAUCCAACUAAUGAAUCAUUUUCAAACUAUGUGUGUGUGUCUGUACGAGCUUGCAAGGCCCUUUUAAAAGUUAUUAUUGGAAAAUAAAAUUAGUAGUAUUGAUGUUAUCACCUUGAAGGAUAUGUCUUUAAUGGUUGUUGUCAAUGAA